UGUGUGUGUGGAUGUAUAUAAGUCGAUCAGUGCGGGGUUGUUGUUCAGACUACAGAGUACUAGCAGUAGAAACCUCCUGCCUAAGCUUGCAAAGGAGUGUAGCCAGGGACAACUAGCAAGUUCUUUCCAAGCUUGCUGAUUUGCUUUGCCUGCUUACCGGUCGAGGAGAAAUGAGGAAGGAGAUGGUGAUCAGGAUCCGGAUCAACUCGGAGAAGGGCCACUCGAAGGCGAUCAAGGUGGCGGCAUCGAUCACCGGAGUCGAGUCCGUGACGAUCGGCGGCGAGGAGAAGAACCUGCUGCUGGUGAUCGGCGUGGGGAUCGACUCGAACCAGAUCACGGAGAAGCUGCGGCGCAAGGUGGGGCACGCGGAGGUGGUGGAGCUCCGCACCGUCGACGGCGGCGACAUCCACGACGUCGACCACUACGGCGCCGCGGGACAAAAUAACCCGUACCGCUACCACCCGAGCCCGUACAACAAGCAGCGCGGGGCCGGCGGGGGCGACAUGUUGUACUACGCGGCGGCGGCGGGAGGAGGGGGUAUGUACCAGCCGCAGGGCGGUGGCUACUACGGUAGUACCCCCGGGCGGUACGGGGCAAGGGAUCACUACCAGUAUAACGGAGGGUACCCGGCGCAGCAGUACGGCCAGCAGCAGGACUACUACUCGUACCCGGCGGCGGCGGCAGGGAAUAAUAUGCACACGGUGGUGCACCACCAGUACGGCGACGACCCCAACAGCUGCUCCGUCAUGUAGGAGAGGCUAGGCAAGCAAGCUACUUGUGUCGAUUUGAGAAUCGAUUGCUAGCUGUGGUGUGCGCCAGUUCCUGUGUGCUCGUUAGUAGAUGAUCGAUCUCCGGUUCCAUGUAAUUACUGUACAGCAAGCAGUGUGUGUACGUACGUGUACGCUUGGAUCGUGGUUGUGUGAAAUCUGUAGCUCAGAUCCAAGGAUUCCAACUACGUAGGUUAGUAUGCACGGUACUGUGAAAUGUAAGCAAGUUUGGUGCUGCUUUCUGGUUCGAAUUGAGAAAAAGCGUGCUGUCUCGAAAUUAA